UCGCUCGCGGUUGGGCGCUGCCUGAGUUAGCAAUCCGCUCAGUUGGUAGGAAGAAGUGGAAGAAGAAGAAAGGGGGGUCGGAUGGGGCUUCGCUCAGCUCAGUUAAUGUCUUCAAGCUGGUUUAAGAAGUGCUUCUUGAACGGCGAGACGAAGCGCGGAAAAGGCGCUGCUGAGCAGCAGCAGCAGCAGCAGCAACGAGCCGAGGAGGGAGGCUCGCAGCAGCCGAAGCCGCCGCCAGCUCCUUUGCAAUACAGGCGGCCCAAAUUCCUGCGUGGAGCGGUUUGCGCGGAGAAGUUGCCUGGGAAGCGACCCAUCUGCUGCCCUUCCCGGGACAGGCCUCUCCAGUGGAACACGGGCUAUGCCGAAACUGUUAAUGCAGAAAAAUCAGAAUUUAAUGAAGACCAGGCAACAUGUUGCCAGAUUUCUAUCAGGAAGAGACCAUUUGGGUGUGGUGAAGUGGAGGAUCAGGAAUGGCUAAUUUUGUGUUCUGCUGAGUAUCUGACAGGCUAUUACUGGGCACUGUUUGAUGGCCAUGGUGGUUCAGAAGCUUCACUUAUGGCCUCCAAUUUCCUGCACUGUUGCAUCAAGCAGAAACUAGAGGAUGUAAUAGAAGGCAUCACUGAAGAUAAUCCUCCGAUGCACCUCAGUGGGCAAUGCAUUUGCCAGAAUGAUCCACUGUUUGUGGAAGAAAAGAAAAUUCAGCAGGAAAAUGUGGUCGUUGGAGCUUUGGAGAGCGCCUUCCAGGAAUGUGAUAAAAUGAUAGGUCAAGAGAUGAAAGCAAGCAACCAAUCAGCAGGCUGCACUGCACUGGUUGCUCUUUAUCUGCAGGGAAGGCUCUAUGUGGCAAAUGCAGGUGAUAGCAGGGUACUUCUUGUUCGAAAACGGAGCAUCAUUCCCUUGAGUACUGAAUGUACCCCUGAGACAGACAGGAAGAGAAUCCAGCACCUGGCUUUCAUCUACCCAAAGCUCCUAGCAGAUGAGUUCACACGGUUUGAGUUUCCAAGGAGAUUGAAAGGAGAUGAUGUAGGCCAGAAGGUCCUCUACCGAGAUUACUCAAUGGAAGGCUGGGGAUAUAAGACAGUAAUGAAAGAGGAUCUCAAAUACCCUCUGAUUCAUGGACAUGGGAAACAGGCUCGUUUACUAGGCACCCUGGCUGUAUCUCGAGGCCUGGGAGAUCAUCAGUUAAAAGUAAUUGAAACAAAUAUUGAAAUUAAGCCUUUCCUCUCCUGCAUUCCUAAGGUGGAAGUAUUUGACUUAACGUCAGAAAAUGUUAAUGGAGAUGAUGUCCUCAUCAUGGCAACAGAUGGCCUUUGGGAUGUUUUGUCCAAUGAAGAUGUAGCCCAAAUUGUCAGAAAUUUUCUCCAGAACAAUACAACAGAUCCUUACAGGUUUUCAGAAUUGGCCAAACUGCUUGUGCAGAAAGCAAGAGGGAAGGAGGAUGGCUAUUACUGGAUUAAGGACAGUAAAGAGCCUGCUUCUUAUGAUGACAUUUCUGUAUUUGCAAUUCCAUUGUAUAACGAGAAUGAAUACUAAACAAUCUGCUGCUAGAGGAGGCACAAUUGCCUUUCAGAUGGUAAUGGAACUGUAUCAAAACAUAUAGUUGCUGAAAAACGCAAGUCCAGACUUUGAAAGCAGAAUAACAGAAUUGGAAGAGACCUUGGAGACUUUCUAGCUCAAGCAGGAAAUCCAGACACAUGGUUGUCCAAUCUCUUCUUAAAAACCUCCAGUGUUGUAGCACCCACAACUUCUGAAGGCAAGUUGUUCCACUGAUUGUUCUGUCAGGAAAUUUCUCCUCACUUCUAGGUUGCUUCUCUCCUUGAUUAAUUUCCACCCAUUGCUUCUUGUCCAGCCUUCAGGUGCUAGGAGAAUAGGUUGACUCCCUCAUCUUUGUGGCAGCCCCUGAGAUAUCGGAACACUGCUAUCAUGUCCUUCUUUUCAUUAAACUAGACAUACCCAGUUCCUGCAACUGUUCUUCAUAUGUUUUUGCCUCUGGACAUAAUCAUCUUGGUUGCUCUUCUCUGCACUUUUUCUAGAGUCUCAAUAUCUUAUUUAUAACUGGAUGCAAUAUUCCAAGGGUGGUCUUACCAAGGCAUUAUAAAGUGCUACUAACACUCCAUGUGGUCUUGAUUCUAUCCUUGUAUUGAUGCAGCCUAGGAUUCGUUGGCUUUUUUGGCAGUUGCAGCACACUGCUGCUUCAUAUUUAAGUGACUCCAAGAUCCCUCUUGCAGUUACUACUAUUGAGCCAGGUACCAUCUAUACUAUAUACGGGCAUUUGGGUUUUCUUGCCUAAGUGUAGAACCUUACUUUUCUCAACAAUUAAUUUCAUUAUGUUAGAUGGGAUGUCAAGUAUGUUGAGAUCCUUCUGUAUCUUGAGCCCAUCUUCUGGAGCGUUGGCUAUUCCUGCUAGUUUGGUGGCAUCUACAAAUUUGAUGAGUACCCCUUCUAUCCCCUCAUCUGAGUCAUUGAUGAAGAUAUUAAGAGUACUGGGCCUAAGACAGAGCCUUGGGGUACCCCACUGCAUACUUCCCUCGAUGUACAUGUAGUUCCAUUAAGGACUAUAUAUUGGGUGUGGUUGAUCAGCCAGUUAUGAAUCCAUCUGGUGGUGAUGCUUUAAGUCAGAAAAGGUCAUUGACUUUGUUUCACACUAAUCUUGUUUUCCUUGGUUUUACAAAUUGCUAACUUAUCAUAAAUGCUAAUUUAGUAUUUAAGAAAAUAAGUUUUAGCUUUCUCUAUUCAUUAUCUAAAUAUGGAAGGAUUAGCAUGUGCUUAGUAAUACAUAAUGCUUUUAUUAAGAUGAAGAAAAUUUUUGUAUUGCAGCCUAAAAUUUUAUGUAAUAUCCAGAGUUUCCUCAGCAAUACAAAAUAUAUUAAAAAUAGUAGUAAAACAUAUUGCUAUACAAAGCCAUUAGCAAAGAUCUGUCUUAAAGUUGCUCAAAAAUCUGAACUGCAGGACAUUAAGGAGUAUCACCCUAUUAAAAUGUUACUACCUUCAUUGUUUGACUUCAGGCUGAAUCUGUCAAGACAACAUGCUGAUUUGGGCUUUUGAGAACCAUUUUUAUUGUAGUUCAGGUUAUCUUUGUAUUUUAUGUGUGUGACUGUAUUUAUAUAUAAAACUUACCUGCAUAUUAAAAUGUAAUAGUAUAAGCAUGGAUUUAAUAUCAAACAUAAAGAAUAUAUAUAUUUAAUAUCUUAAAAUAACUUUAUUUUCAAUAAAAUACGUGCCAGCAGAAUUUGUCUCAUUUAUUUGAAAUAGCAAGGUCAUUUUAUAUUUAUUUUUUAUUAGAUUUAAGUGCAGUUUUAAAGUAUUACACAGUACUGGUACAUUUUUAUAUGCCCAUAGUGUUUGAUAUAAGCUAUUUCCAGAAUGAUUGUCUUAUAGUGACAUUCCAUGAUUCAUUAGAAAAUGUUUCAUUACUUUGGCUUGUCACAGAAAUGAUUUUAUCAGAUACUUUUUCAAAUAAAGAUAUAUAUACCAGAUAUUAUCUUUUCAUCUCUCCACUGAAAUAUUUUCCAGGUAUUCCCAUUGUUUAGCUAGCCAAUUCAGCUGCUCUUGACAAAAAUGUUAAUGUUUUUUACUUUGUGGUUUUUAAUCUAUCAAAUAUGCAUAGCAAUUGAAUCUUCUGUUUAGUUACAUAUUUCUUUAAACACAUUCUUCCAAAAUUCCAAUACUUUAUUGCAUUCCUACCAAAGAUGAAAGAAUGUUCCCUUUGACUGUCAGCUUCACCAGGAUAUCACGGAAUGUUGAUAAGUUAUAUGGGAGCUUGAUGCCACUGAUGUUGAAGUUUAAAAUAUAAUUCCUUUAUUAAUACUGAUAAAAAUGCUUGAAGCUGCCAUAGAGAUUCACAAACAUCUUUAAUUUCAAUAUUUAUUUUUAAAUAACUAAAAACCCAAUUGUUCCUUUCUCUUAAGUUCCUGGUUUCUUUUAGUCCUGUAGCAGACUUGCCAUAAUACAUUUCAAGUAUGUUUUUUGUAGCCCAUCUUUUAUUAUUUUUACAAAUAACUCAAGGCAGCAAGCAAAUCCAACACAUCAUCUUCCCAUUUCCCCCACAACAGUAACCCUGAGGUGAGUUUGGCUGAGGGUGUAAUUGGACCCAGGUCACCCAGCUAUGGCAAUGGGGGAAUUUGAAUUCAUGGUCUCAUGCUUUCUCUAGCCUCUUGCCUUAACCACUAGACUAAACUGGCUCUCAACAGAAUUGAAAUAUGUAGAAUAAAUUUUGAAAUAAAUUCAUUCUCCAAAUUCAACAUAUUAUUUGGGUAGUUAUUGAAAUUCUUAAUAUAUUGGGGAGAAGAGAGACUUAUUCCAAAAUUGAGCAUUUUACAUUUCAGACCAUUGUUUGGUGGAAUUCAAGGCAUGGUUCAUGUCAGCUGGGCUGUUUACUAUAUUUUUAAGAGAUGUCCCAUUUUUUGUGGCAUGUUUUUACGGUAUUAUAUGUUGAUUUAAAACAGAAUAAAGCUUGUUUCUGACAAUUA